AUGGCUGAAGAAAAGAAAGAAAUAGAGAGUAAACAGGAUGUUACUGUUUCCAAAGAGGAUAAGAAGAAGAAGCAAGCUCAAGAGGAAGAAGAGCUAUCAGAAGAAGACUUAAAACUGAAGACAGAUUUAGAGCUUCUAGUUGAAACCUUAAAAGAAAAUGACAGCAAUCUAUAUGAAACGUCAUUGAACCAAUUGAAAGACUUUAUCAAGAACGCAACAAGCUCCAUGACUGCUGUUCCAAAGCCUCUAAAGUUCUUACGUUCAUCCUACCCUGAUCUAUGUGCCGUUCAUGAUAGGUGGACUGAUAAAACAAUGAAAUCAUCUCUUGCGGACGUCUUAUCAGUUCUUUCUAUGACAUAUUCCGAUAAUGGUAAACAUGAUUCUCUCAGAUAUAGAUUGUUAUCAGAUGUAACUAAUAUUGAGAGUUGGGGACACGAAUAUAUUCGUCAUCUAGCUUUGGAAAUUGGAGAAGUUUAUUACGAGCAAGUUGAAAAAGAGGCUAACUUAAAUUCUUCUGAUGAAUCAGAGUUAUCUACUCCAGUGCCAACCGCAUCUGAGUUUUCAAAAGACGAAAUUUUAAAUUUAUCUUUAGAUAUUGUCCCAUAUUUCUUAAAACAUAAUGGUGAAGAAGAAGCAGUUGAUUUAUUAUCUGAAAUCGAAUCGAUUGAAAAGCUGCCCCAAUUUGUUGAUGAAAAUACAUAUAAAAGAGUUUGCCAAUACAUGAUUGCAUGCGUUCCAUUACUACCUCCACCAGAAGAUAUUGCUUUCUUACAGACUGCAUACUCAAUCUAUCUAUCUGAAUCACAGUUGACUGAAGCUUUAUCUCUUGCAAUUAGGUUAGGUGAUGAAUCUUUAAUCAGGGCUACCUUCGAUGCCACUAAUGAUGAAGUUAUGCACAAACAGUUGGCUUAUAUUUUGGCCACUCAAAAAGUUUCUUUCAAACAUGAGGGCGUCCAAGAAAUUAUUGGUAAUACCAAGCUGUCCGAACACUUUUUAUAUUUGGCUAAAGAAUUAAAUUUAACUGCCCCAAAAGUACCGGAAGAUAUUUAUAAAAGCCACUUAGAUAGUUCGAAGUCAGUAUUUGGCAGUGUUGGUCUAGAUUCUGCCCAACAGAAUCUCGCAGCAGCCUUCGUUAAUUCAUUUUUGAACUUGGGGUAUUGUAAGGACAAUUUAAUUGUCGAUAAUGAUAACUGGGUCUAUAAAACUAAAGGGGACGGUAUGACUUCUGCAGUUGCCAGUAUUGGUUCUGUUUUCCAAUGGUCUCUAGAUGGUUUACAACAGUUGGAUAAGUAUUUAUAUGUUGAGGAAACUGAAGUUAAGGCAGGUGCCCUAUUAGGUAUUGGUAUUUCUGCAGCAGGCAUACAUGAUGGUGAUGUAGAGCCAGCAUUAUUAUUACUUCAAGACUAUGUUAAUAACAGUAACAGUAAGAUAAGUUCAGCUGCCAUACUAGGUUUAGGUAUUGCAUUUGCUGGCAGCAAAAACGAGGAAGUCUUGGGUCUUUUGUUACCUUUAGCUUCCGAUACAUCUAUUCCUCUUGAGCAAUCUACUAUGGCUUCUCUAGCAUUAGCUCACAUCUUCGUUGGUACAUGUAAUGGUGAUAUUACUACUUGCAUCAUGGAUAACUUUUUGGAACGUUCUGCAAUUGAACUAAAAACUGAGUGGGUUAGAUUUUUAGCUUUAGCGUUAGGCUUACUUUAUUUAGGACAAGGUGAACAAGUAGAUGAUGUCAUUGAAACUUUGUCCGCAAUUGAACAUCCAAUGACUUCUGCAAUUGAAGUUUUGAUAAACGCUUGUGCAUACACUGGAACUGGUGAUGUUCUAUUAAUUCAAGAUUUAUUACAUCGUCUAACUCCAGAAGCUACAAAGAAAAAUGACGAGGAAGACGAAGAAGAUGAAGAAAUUGAAGAGCAAGGUAGCGAAAUACGUGAUUUCUUGGCUGAAGCAGCUGCUGGAAAAGAAGAAAGAGAAAAUAAUGAUAAUCAAGAUAACGAAGAUCAUGAUGUGGACAUGGAUGCAGAAGAUAAUGCUCCAAGUGCUGAAGAAAAAAAGGAUGAAGAAAUAACGGAAACCAAAGAGGACGCUAAGGUAGAGGAGGGUAAAACCGAGAAAGAAGAAGAAGGUGAAAAGGAAAAGGAAAAUGAGACUGAAAGUAGCCUAAUUGAUGAGCUUUCAUUUGCUGUUUUGGGUAUCGCCUUGGUAGCUAUUGGUGAAGAUAUUGGGAAAGAAAUGUCCUUACGUCACUUUGGUCAUUUGAUGCAUUAUGGUAAUGAGCACAUCCGUCGUAUGGUUCCAUUAGCUAUGGGCCUUGUAUCAAUUGCUGAUCCACAAAUGAAGGUGUUUGAUACCCUAUCCCGUUUUUCACAUGAUGCAGAUUUAGAUGUUUCUAUGAACUCUAUUUUUGCCAUGGGUUUAUGUGGUGUCGGUACAAAUAAUGCUAGAUUAGCACAAUUAUUAAGACAACUUGCCAGCUAUUAUUCUCGCGAACAGGAUGCCCUAUUUAUCACAAGAAUGGCUCAAGGUUUGAUUCAUUUAGGUAAAGGUACUAUGACAAUGGACGUCUUCAACGAUGCACAAGUGCUAAAUAAGGUAACACUGGCUUCUCUAUUGACUGUACUAGUCGGUAUGGUAUCACCAAGUUUCAUGCUAACAAACCAUCAACUUUUCUACAUGCUAAAUAGUGGUGUAAGACCAAAGUUCAUUCUAACCUUAAAUGAAGAAGGCGAACCAAUUAAGGUCAAUGUCCGUGUGGGUCAAGCUGUAGAGACAGUUGGUCAAGCAGGUAAGCCUAAAACCAUCACUGGUUGGAUUACUCAGUCCACACCAGUACUAUUAGGCCACGGUGAAAGGGCAGAACUGGAAAAUGAUGAAUAUAUCAGUUAUACCAGUAACAUAGAGGGUGUUGUUAUUUUGAAAAAAAAUCCAGACUACGAAGAAGAAGCAUAA